AUGGCGUUGAACAUGUCACACAACCCGGAAAAGCAAACCGAAAAUGCCAUUUACGGUAAACAUGGAUCUGACGAAGAAAGCCAGACUCGUCGUACUAGCGUUAUAGGCGACGUGGUGGUUGAUAGGGCUACUAUCGGGAAGCAGCUGGAGUUGGAGGCGGAGAGUGCUAUCAAAUAUCGGACAUGCAGCUGGCAGAAGACCGCGGCAUUGCUCUUCUCCGAGUACAUUUGUCUGGCUAUCAUGUCUUUUCCGUGGGCGUAUUCCGUCUUGGGUCUGGUUCCAGGUUUGAUUUUGACGGUUUUCGUCGCUCUCGUUGUGUUGUACACGUCACUCACAAUUUGGCGAUUCUGUCUGCGUCACCCUGAAAUCCGCGAUGUCUGCGACAUUGGUCAGUAUCUGUUCUGGGAUUCCAAGAUUGCCUGGUGGGCCACUGCUGUGAUGUUUUUGUUGAACAAUACUUUCAUUCAGGGUCUUCAUUGUUUGGUCGGCGCCGAGUACCUAAACACCAUGACCGGACAUGCGACUUGUACCAUCGUUUUCUCUUGCGUCGUCCCGAUCAUCUCGUUCUUCUUUUCACUGCCUAGAACAUUCAGUGGGCUUUCCCACAUGGCUACAGUAUCUGCAUUUUUCACAUUCAUUUCAGUCCUGUUGGCGACCAUCUUUGCCGGUAUUGAGCCUCAUCCCGCAGACUACACCGAGGAACUGGGUAAACCAAUAGUGACGGCCUUCCCCGUCUCUGGUACUACUUUCGUCAGUGGUAUGAGCGCUUUCCUCAAUAUCAGCUACACCUUCAUCGGCCAGAUCAUAUUGCCAAGUUUCAUUGCGGAAAUGAAGGAGCCAGAGGAUUUUUGGAAGUCCGUCACUGCUGUGACCAUUGCCGAGGUCAUCGUUUUCAGCAUCGUCGGAGCUGUCAUUUACGCUUACACUGGAAACCAAUACAUGACAGCCCCCGCCUUUGGCUCUUUGGGAGAUGAUUUGUACAAGAAGGUCGCUUUCUCAUUCAUGAUUCCGACUCUCAUCUUCCUGGGUGUUCUAUAUGCCUCUGUUUCUGCUCGCUUCGUGUUCUUGCAAUUCUUCGAUGGAACACGCCACAAGACGCAGCAUACCGUGGUUGGAUGGGCGUCAUGGGCUGGUAUUCUCGCUGUUCUCUGGAUUCUUGCCUUCAUAAUCGCCGAAAUCGUCCCCUUCUUCUCGGACCUUGAAUCGAUCAUGAGUUCGCUCUUUGACUCAUUCUUUGGCUUCAUUUUCUGGGGUGUGGCCUAUCUUCGCAUGCGGGCAGAAGACCAUGGCUCGAGCUUCUACAAAGAGCGUGGCAUUCGCGGCUGGAUUGGAGUUAUUGUGAAUGUCUUUUUGAUUGCUAUCGGCUUCUAUUUCUUAGGCGCAGGCACCUACGCAUCUAUCGAAAGUGUCGUUCUGAGUUAUAAUGAAGGCGGAUUCGGCGGACCAUUCUCGUGCGCCAACAAUGGUCUUUAG